AAUCCGGUACUUGUUGAAAAAUGGGAACUAUUUCAGAAUUGGUUAAAUGAUUCUGAGUUAAAUAUCAAAAUUCAAUGCUUAGUUAAAUUCGGUCAAGAAUUUUAUCACCCAUUUGCUGAAUUUCUCAUCGGUUACGAUUCCCAUCCAAGGGUUAUACAGCCUGAUAAUUCAUUACAGUGUUUGCCACCUGGUCGUCGAGCAUAUCAAAUGCUGGACUUUGUUAAUAAUUUAACACGUAACUUCACAUCUAUUUUAAAAAAUCUUUAUCUAUUUUUUGGCGAUAAGCUUUUGCAGAGUACAGAAACUAUGGAUAAUUCACAAAUAGAAUUAUUAGUUAAAAAAUUAAAACAAGGUAUACAAAAAGGACUUGAAUUGCACCAAAAAUGGUUGGAUUGUUGGCUUUAUCUUCCCUUAAGCAUGUGUCUUCUUGGUGAAGAUAAUGCCAAAAAAUUUGCAUGUAGUUAUUGGCAUGUUGUGCUUAAAAAACCUUGGCCGGAAGUUUCUAGUGUGGAAGAACUUUGCUAUGCAAAGUUUCUUGAAGUAGAUAUUGUAGAAGAAUUUAAUGAUUUUGGUUUCAAAAAUACAUUAAAUGAUGAAUUAUUUUUCAAGAAUUUAGUUUAUUCGUUAAUAAAUCAACAGUUCUACUUUAUCAAUGUUCACAGCUCUAUGACUUCGUUAAAAAUAAAAUUUGAUACAUUAUUAUCCACCAGCAACAAAUAG